AUGUCUAUCGACGAAUCCGUUGAUUCUUCGAUGGAUAUCGAUGAAUUUGUUGAUUCCUCGAACGAUCAUAAUGAUAAUAAACUCAACAACUUCGGCAAUCAAAAAUCCAUUGACAAUAUACAUUCUUCGCCUUCACAAUCAUUUCCUAGCACACGGUUGCCGCCUAUCAAAGAUCUUAUCGUGUUGCCGCCUAUUAAAGAAGAUCUUAUCGUGUUGCCGCCUAUUAAAGAUCUUAUCGUGUUACCGCCUAUCACUAAUACGUCGCAAGCCAUCACUAAUAAGUUGCUCAUUUUGGAACCCCCUUCAAUCCAUUUCCGCUCAACCCUUGGAAAAGGAAUUGAA